AUUUCUGAAGGAUUAUGUGACACUGAAGACUAGAGUAAUGCCUACUGAAAAUAUUCGCAAUAUCCAUUACUUUAGAAUAAUAUUUCACUAUGUUUACUGUAUUUUUAAAGUGACUUUCAAAAAGAUUUUUAACGAUCACAGAUUUUGAAUGCUAGUGUAUAAAUCUACCCUCAUAUUUUAGGUGGGUUCCUCCCCAAGGGGUCAGCACAUUUGUGGGUCUGUGCCAUAAAGUUUACAAGCCCUGAUUCAGCAGAUGCUUACUUAUUUAACACUACAGGGACAGGUGUACUAUUCACUGUGUGUGUUAUGGAGAAACAGUGAGAGCGAGGGUGGGAGAUAAAGGGAGAGAGAACGAGAACUGCCCCCCUUUAAUGCCCAAUAACCCAGAUAUGCCUGUCCAGUAUGAGCCAGUGAGUUUUGAAGGGGAAACACACAGAUCCUCUCAGUGAUGGGCUGUACAGGAUGGAGGCUCCUCUGGCUGGCCUGCGCGGCGUCCACUCUUCUUCAAUAUGGUGCAGUCCGUGUGACCGUGAGGGAGUCUGGUGUGGAGGUUGUGCAGGGAGAUUCGGUCACGCUGUCCUGUUCAUUCUUCACCAUGAUGCCCUUGUACAGACUCAGCAUCAUCUGGACUCUGACCCCGCUCUCAGACCCCGACUCCCCCAUACAGGUGAUCGUGUAUGAUAACGGACAGGUGAUUGAAAGCCCUUCAUUCACGGGCAGGGUUGGGUUUAUAGGAACGCCCUGGAGCGCGGGCAUCAUUCUGAACUACACGCGUGUCUCUGACGCUGGAGUCUAUCGCUGUGUGGUCAGCAACCCACCUGAGACUGGAGACCCGGGCAUAGGAGAGCUCAGCCUCACUGUUUUGGCACCUCCGUCUCUUCCUGUGUGUCUAUGGGAAGGGGACACCGAAGUUGGAGGCAAUGUGCGCCUGUCCUGUGUUGUGGCAGAGGGCUUUCCUACUCCACAGGUGAUCUGGGAGAAGCUAGAACCCGAUAAGAUGACACUGCCAGUGAACAUGGAUGGUGACACGACGGGCUCGGUGCACAUUGUCAAUGUAUCUGCGCAGACCUCUGGCCUCUACCGCUGCUCUGUGACCAACCCACUGGGAACCCAGCACUGCUACAUUAACCUGUCUGUCUACACACCUCCGGAUAAUUCUCCCGGCAUCCUGCAGGGAGUGCUGUUGAGUCUCUCCAUGGCCCUGCUCCUGCUGGCUCUGAUGGUGCUGGUGCUGUGGCUCCACCGUUCGGCACAGGAGAGCAAAUGGAGGAACAGCCACGAGGAAGAUGAGUGCUAUAAUGAGAUCAAAUACACACCCUCUCUCAUUAAACGCUCUUUUGUUUGAGACAAGGACGGGAAGUGAUCAUCUGGAUCAUCUCUGCACUAAUCUAUGGUGAAAGCCAGUUUGUUUCAGGCUACAUAAAGCACACGUUUAUACAUUUUCUGAUAAAGAAUCCUUUGUGGUCCAGUGCUUUUUAAGUGCGUUUUAAGGUUUUUGCUUAAAUGCAUUAAAGUUACCCAAAGACUACAGCCACUAUUGUAAACACACGAUAAUUGAUAGCCUGCCACAAAUGCUAUAAAAUCCAUUUGAAUUGUAUUUAACCCAGAAUAUAAAGAUAGGGGCUUCUAAAGCACAAGCUGCGUUGAGUUUGGUCUUUUGGUAGAUAUGUUUAUGCUUUGUAGAGGGUCAUAUUGGACAUUGAUUUCAUUCCUUAUUUCAUACAUGGCAUAAAGUUGAUUGUAACUGCAUUUGCUUUGGAAUUAAAUUCCAAUUUAACUACAAUAAAAAUGUGGAUCACCACAGGCAUUUUUUGUUUGA